AUGAUGCUCGCGUCGGCGACGAGUCGCGCUCUCUCCGCGCUCGCGGCGUCGCGGCCGGCGGCGGCGCGCGCCAGCCCCCCCCGCGCGUCGGUCGCGUCGCGCGGUCGCGCGACGGCUGGGAUCUUCGUCGUCGUCGCGUCGUCGUCGUCGAAAACGUCGUCGUCGUCGUCGUCGUCGCGGUCGUUCCCCGGCGCGCGGACGCGACGCCGGUGGAACCGGCUCGAAACCGCACUCUCUCGCGCGUCCGGCGACGCGAACGGCGGCGGCGGCGACGACGACGAGGCGCGCGCGUCGUCGUCGUCGUCGUCGUCGUCGUCGUCGUCAUCGUCCUCGUCGUCGUCGUCCACGUGGUCCACCGCGGCGGCUGCCGUCGUCGACGCGAGGUGGUUCAACACUUACCUCCACGGCGCCAUCUUCGUCCUGAUACUCGGGUUCGUCGACGCCGGGUACAGCCGCGACUGGACGCGAAUCGGCGCGAUCGGCCCGGAGUUGGAGCAGCGGCUGAGGUGCGUCCUAUCUCACGCUGGGUCCCUCGCUUUCAAUCCCGACACACCUCGACGCCUGUCAACUGACGCCUUUCAACUCCACCUCGACGUCGCUUCGUACGGAACGACCCCGAGGGACUGGGCGCUGUGGCUCGGCGGCGCGCACGUCGUCGCCGCGGCGGCCGCGGGCGCGGUGGCGAAGAGACGCGGGUUGUCCGUGCCGUUUCACGCCGCGAAGACGUUCGCGGUCGGGUUCCUCGCGCUCGUGGAGACGUGUUUCAAGACCGCACCGCCGGUAGAGGGGGAGGGGGAGGCGUAG